GCGCGGCGGCGCGCGAUGCGCCUUCGGCGUGGGCCCCCCGCCGGGGGGCGAGGCGCGGGCGAACUGGCGCGCGCGCUGAGGAGGAGGAGGAUGAGGAGGAGGCGGAGGAGGAGAAAGACGAGGGGGACGAGGAAGGAAGAGACUCAGAAAGCGGCGGCCCGGCGCUCAAAGGAGCCGUGUGCACGGCACGCUCUGGGGCGGAUUGCUUCGCCGCGCAGUGCUCCCAUGGACAAGCAUUCCAUGUUCUGCCGUUGCUUGCUUGCCUGCAUGAGCUAGUCGUCGGAAGCAAAAGGGCAACGACUGGGCAGUGGCCCCACCGAACCGACUGCUAAGCAAACGUGGGGACGAGGAGCAGGAGGAGGAAGGGGACGAGGAAGACGGGGAGGAGAAUACUACCCUCUUCUUUCUUGCCAACCUCGCCCGCUCGCGUAGUGCCUGGCGCGGGCAGUCUCAUCGACCGACCAGACUGGUCGGUGCCACGGUGCCACGGGGGUCGCUGCGGCCCCCCUGCGGCCCGGGAUUGGAGAGACAAUCUGCCCGCCCCCCAAAGAAACCGUCAUGCCGCUGAUAUCUGUAAGUAUCUGGCUUAAGCCCCAAGGAGAGCACCCUUGGCGCUUGCGCGCCCUCAGAACCGCCCCCGGGGAUCCCCGGGGCGCGCGCUGCCGGGCGCGGCACUUGCGCGCCCCGUGCGCGCGCCGUGCGCGGCAACGUCGGCCAUCUGGCGCGGCGCACCGGCAGAAUGGCGGCACCCCAGCUCCCAAGAAGAAACGAGCGCAUCAAAGCGUUGAGCACAGACUCGCGCUGCGAAAAACGCCGCGCAAAGAGAAAGCGGAAACCCGUGUGGAUCCAAGCUGCGAGACGGCCACGGACCGCGCGGGGACACCGCGCGGACUGGCGCGACCGGCCAUCGAAAAACGAACGGCUGAAGACGAUGAGGAGGAGGAGGAGGCGGAGGAGGAGGAGGAGGAGGAGGAGGAGGGGGAGGGCGCGAGCAACGAACGGCCUUGCGAACUACAGCAGGGGAUGUGACCCAACUCCGGCGCCGUGCGGGUGUGACCCGACUCUUGCCUCCC